GUGACCAUUUUCCUGACACUGAAAAACAUCCAAGUUUAAUGUUUUAUGGGAAAUAUUUGAAUUUAUGGUAAAAUGGAUUAUAAUCAAUUGUAAAGUAUAAAUACAAUGGAUCUUAUUAUUAAAUGAUUGAUAGCAUGGAUUAUAUAUGAGAACACGAAUAUUGUGGUUCUGCUGGUUGCUAAAGACAGCUCAUAUGGAAGAAUACGAUAGUUAUUUUCACAAAAAUGUUUAGUGGAAUUUUAUACACAUGGGACUAGCUGAUGUCAAAGUAUACAAAAAGGAGAGAAAAUGAUUUUAUCAAUGAGAAUAUGUGUAACUUUGGUGUGCGGAGUAAUAACGCCGUGUUUAGGUAGUUUUGUUCUGAGUGAAUGCUAUGGGGCAGUACUUGGGCUCAGUUGUCGCUAUGGUCACAAAAUACACGUCAUAGAGGACUAUUUUGGUCUCAGUAACCGAACAUCGGGCACUGACCAAUGUAAGUCUAUGGACGGAGAUUGUGUAGUGAAGAGCCGGAGAGAAACUAGUGUUAUACACAGGUUCUGUGAGGGACAACAGACAUGUAAUAGAUUCCAGGUGGAUAGACGUCAUUGUGGGGAAAAUCAAACUAAUUAUGAACAAGUGAAAUUUGACUGCAUUCCAGAAUCAUCAAUUAGUGAUAUAUGCAUUCCAACAAAAUACGAAACUAAACUUGGUUACUUAUCCAGCCCGCUGUUUCCGAAUGAAUACAGUCCUAAUCUUGACUGCCAAUGUACAUUAAAAGCCUCAGAUCCUUAUGUUAAAAUAGAACUUGAAACGAUACACUUUAUCGUAAAAUUUGACACUCCGUGUAAAGAUUGGCUGGAAAUCGGUAUGGGAGACCAGAAGAGGAAAGUAUGUGGACCAUACAGAGCUACUUUGUUAAGUGAUGUAUAUGCACUAAAAUUCCACUCUGACAAAGCCAAUGGUCACCAAGGAUUUUGGAUGAAAUUUUCAGUUUAUCCCCCUAAAUCCAAUGCCACUGUGAAAGUUGAGUGUAAUAUGAUCCAAACAACUACUACUACUACAACAACUACCACAGAGGCGACUACAACUGCCCUGGCGACAACACAAGAAUCUGAGGAACUCACUGACCUAUAUGACACUCUUGGAGAGGAAUAUGACUACAAGGACUAUACUGAAUAUAUCCAGGACUCCAACGAGGUAGACGAAGACAAGUACAAAACAACAGCCACUUCAGCAAGCACAACUAAAUAUAGAAAACCAACAACACAAGAAAGCACAGAUAGUAACACUUUAGUUGAAACCGAUGAUCCCGAUGAGUAUUUUGAACUUGAACCAACCUAUGCAACUACAAGUGCACGACCAGUGAAGAAAAAGAAAACUAAACUUAGGAAAAAGAAAGUUAAACUUAGAAAAGAGAAUAAGGGUAAUGAAGUGCAGCUGUCUCCUACGAGUGAUACCUAUUUACUAGAAGAAGAUCUCGAAAAUCUCGAUGGGUUAAUUAUCGAAGAGGAAAAUGAUGCCAAUAUGACAUACCCUAAUGGCACCCUUAUUAGCAGUUACGAAGACUCUAUCGCUGAAGAUACGGACAAGCGAAAGGCUGUCAACAGGAUGACGGGAAUCAUCAUCAUUGCCAUCUGUGUUGGUGGCAUUAUUCUCCUGAUCACCAUCCUUGGUAUACUCUUAUGUGUCAGUAAAAGGCGCAAGCCAAAGAAAAAAGAGGAACGGUUACGGAAACGAAGACUACAACAACGCCUGAACUCACUGAGCUUUUACGACAGCAUUCCAUUGUACGACAGUGUUGGUCGUAAAACGGUUCCUCAGGGAAUGCAAGAACACCAUGGUGUCUAUAAUGUCGGUAUGGCUAACAUGGUACCAGCACAGGCUCAAGGCCCGUAUGACACUGCUCCAAAGCCCCCUGGUUGGAAAGACUGGGGGAGUCAAGAGGGUGGGUCGGAUAAGGACAGUGCUGUGUAUGCUGAGUUAAGUGACAAGCAGUCCAGAGGUGGUAGAAGUGAAGCAGAGGACACGCCAGAUAGAUCCAGGAAACCAAGAAAAGAACACCAUGAUGAUUUGGACAGUGGUGUGAGUCUUAAAGUGCCAAAAGAGAGAAGCCUUGAUGAUGUGUAUACUCAUGUCUAA